AUGCCACCCAAGACAUCACGAAAGAAGCCCUUCAGUGGCAAGCAAAAGAAGCAGCAAUUACAGCAGAAGCAUGCUAAAAAAAUGGAAAAAGCUACCUUGGUCGACCCAACUUCAUUUGACUAUUUGAACAGAGGCCCUCGAGAGACAGUGCCUUCUCUGGACAAACACUUUGUAAUGCCUGCAAGCAAAGGCAUGAGCACAGCUGAUUUCUCGCAAAAGAACGUGAGCCAGGAUAAAAAGUUGGUGUCCGUAUUUGAGCGAUUAUCUCACCAAGAGAUUGAAAGUGAAAAACUAAAGAGUAUGCAGCCAUUGAAGCGACUGCCCAAGGAAUGUAUGGAGAUCAAGAGUGAUGAAUUCAGCGAGUAUAUUGAGUUUCCUAAGCGGCCUGUGUGGGAUUACGACAUGACCAAAGAGGAGGUGGAGAAGCAAGAGGCCGAGAGUUUUGAGCACUGGGUGAGAGCGGUGGAAGAGACAUACGGUGGCGAUCAAUUGAGUUGGUUUGAGCGCAAUCUGGAAGUGUGGCGUCAACUGUGGAGAGUGCUCGAGAUCAGUGAUGUCAUUCUCAUUGUCAUGGACAUCAGAAAUCCUCUGUUGCACUUUCCUCGCUCCUUGUACAAGUACAUUACGCACAAGCUCAAGAGAAAAAUCAUUGGCAUCUUCAACAAGGUGGACUUGGUGUCUGAAUUUACCGUGUUUGCAUGGACAAAGUACUUUGAAGAAGAAUUUCCCAAUUUGCGUAUUGCCACAUUCAGCUGCUAUCCCAGAGACCCCAAUUUGAUUGACGAUACAGCCACAUACUCUCUCAAAAACCAACUCAAGAAGCCUAGAAAACGAUACUACUAUGCACAAGGCGUACGAAAUAUAUUGUCUGUAUGUCGUGACACUGUCAACAAGCCAGGUGUUCAUGUAGACUGGAAAUCCAUCAUUGCUCAAUACAACGAAGAUAAUCCAGAUUUGAAUACAAAUGACGAUGAUAGUGAUAAUGACGACGAUAGUGACACAGGCAGCAUGGAUGGUUUAGACGAUGAGUUUAGCCACAUUUUGGAAGUGACAGGCCGAGAAAUUAAUCCUCACAAAGACUAUCUUACGCUUGGACUUGUAGGACAUCCCAAUGUCGGUAAAAGUAGCUUGAUCAACAGUAUCAUGCGAAGAACAGUUGUGAGCGCAAGUCGUACGCCAGGUCAUACAAAGCACUUUCAAACCAUUCAUAUUGCAAGCAACGUUCGGCUUUGUGAUUCGCCUGGUCUUGUAUUUCCUGCAUUGAUUCCAAGAGCACUGCAGAUCUUGUCGGGCAUGUAUCCCAUUGCUCAGGUACAAGAACCCUAUAGUGCUAUUCGAUAUCUGGCAGAGCACAUUCCACUAGAAAAGGUAUUGGCUGUGACGCCCCCUGAAGACUGGGAUAAAGCGCAAGAGUAUCAAUGGACUGCAUGGUCUAUAUGUGAAGAGUUUGCUGAGCAGAGAGGAUUUCAUACAGCCAAAGCAGCCAGACCAGAUGUCUAUAGAGCAGCUAAUACCAUAUUGAGACUGACUGCAGAUGGAAGGAUCCUGCUUUCGUUCAAACCACCUGGAUUCUUUACCAGCAGCAAGUACGAAAAGUUGCGAGUAAUUGAAGCUGAUCUUCGAGCUGAGCAAGCGUCGGAUGAUUGCGAAGACGAUUCUCAAGAUGAAUAUGAUCCAGGCAAUACUUACAAAGGCAGGGAGAAUCUCUUGAUUUCCAAAGGUGGAUUCAGUGCUCUUUUAUCUGAUUCUGAAUAA